UAAUCUCACUUUGUGUCUGUCACAGCUAAUUUCUAAAAUUCAGGCCAAAUGAUCAAUUUCUGUGAGAAGUUGCAUAAAUAAAAGUUGAGUGCUCCUCCCUGAGUAGAGCGGAUACGUGAUUAUGUGCAACCGUAAAGGAUGUGGGCUGCUGCUGGAGAGGAAGGAGUUCUGAACUUUAAAUAAGCUGAAUGCACACCGCUCUCUCUGGCAGUGUGAUAACACAAGACCGGCUUGAGUUGGGAUUAUUUCUCUUGAAGAUGUAUGUUGAUUUUUGUUUUGUUGUGAAGAUGCUUUGACAAGAUGGAAGUGGAGGAACCUGCUGAAACGAGGAAUUCCUGGUAUGAUGGCUUCUGCUUUCAUUGUGCUGCUUUAGUUCAAGUGUUUUCUAUCAGAUUAGACUCAACAUCAAAAUGACUUGACUACUAUUCUCACAAAUAUAAAGUUGUGCAACAUGCUGUUUUUGCACAGCCUCGCACAUGAAAACUUCUCGCAAAAAAGCAAAUCGGGAGCUUUCAUUUCUACCGUGUAUAUUUGUAAAUUUCUUUCAUGACCUUUUCAGGUCAGCAGUGUCAGGAGAUACAUACCCCGUCCCUUGUGACCAUGCUGGGAAGAAAAGAAAACAAGACCUGGCCCCAGAGACUGUUAUCAGAAUCUUAGAGGAUGAAGAGGAAGAGGAUGAGGGGGACGUUGCAUCAGACCACAUGAAGGAUCCUGAGGAGCCCAGUAAUAAAAGAGUCAAACCUGUAGGGAAGUCCCACAGCUUAACAGGUGUCCUAACCCCCGUGAAGACCCCCGCUCUGAAACGCAUCAGCCAAUCCAUUUCGCGAUCCAUCAGCUUUCGCACAGAUGCCCGACCUUUGCCCCCAACUGCCCUGCGUACCCGCGCCAAGGCCUCGUCGUUUCCGCGUCGGCGCAACAGCCAGUGUUGGAGCGACACUGUGGAAAGCCACAACCUCACAGCCAAGGAGAUCAAACGUCAAGAGGUGAUCUACGAGCUGACUCAAGGAGAGAGGCAGCUUAUAGAAGACCUGAGUUUGGUCAAGAAGGUGUACUACGAACCCAUGCUGAAGCUAGACAUAAUGACAGAGAGCGAGCUCGGACACAUCUUUGGUACUUUGGACUCCCUCAUUCCCCUGCAUGAAGAUCUCUUACUGCGCCUAGAAUGUCUCAGAGGAUCAGAGAAGACGGUUGGAGAGGUGGGGCCCACCCUUUUGAACUGGUUCCCCUGCCUGGAAGCUUACGUCACAUAUUGCUGCAAUCAGGUGGUGGCCAAAGCCCUGCUUGACCAGAAGAAGCAGGAGAAACGAGUGGAGCACUUCCUGCGCCUGUGUCAGGAGUCAUCGUUUAGCAGGAAAUUGGACUUGUGGAACUUUCUGGACCUCCCUCGGAGUCGCCUAGUCAAAUACCCGCUGUUGUUGAAGGAGAUACAGAAGUGCACGCCUCCAGAGCACCCGGAUGAAGACACGUUACCUGAUGCUUUGGACAUGAUCCAGAGCAUUGUGACCGUGGUGAACAAUAAGACGGGGGAGGCAGAGUGCCAGUUCUACAGGCAGGGUCUCGUCUACCUCGAGGAGAGUCAGAGACUAUCAGAGAUCCAACAGUCUCGCUUCCUUUUCUGCCACGGAGAACUCAAGAACAAUAAGGGACAGCGGCUGCAUGUGUUCCUGUUUGAGCUGGCUCUGGUGCUGAGCAGACCAGGGGAGGACAGAGAGGGCGGGCAGAAGUUCCACGUGUACCGCCAGCCUCUGCCCAACGCUUUAAUAAAUCUGGAGGAGAUCCCAGAUGGUGAAGCAGCAGGAGGAGGAACCUUCAGAGGAGCGUUCACUGGGGGCAAUGAUAAAGUGAAGAAUUGUUUCCGUGUGAGCAGCAGGGGGCGCUCUAAAGUCAACCCUUACUGCCUGCAGGCCAACGACUCCUUCAGCAAGCAGCAGUGGAUCACCAGCCUGCGCCAGGCCAUCGUUCAGUCUCGGGACAGGUCGGCCCAGACCAGCCAGUCGCAGCUCUCCUUGCACCCUGAUCCCACCCUGUGUCACAUAGCUGAGCUCAGCCUCAGCUCGGACACGGACAUGGCAGACCUCACCAGUCGCUGACUGAUCAAUGGGAAGAGUCGUGGAACUGAGAGACACAAAUAAUUUCAUGCAUUUUUAAAAUUUCGUUUUUUACUUUUUUGUGAAUGUAUCAUGAUGACUGGAAAUCAUUAUUAAUGAAUGUGAACUGAAUGCAUUUUUUUUGUUUUUGUUAUUGUAUUUUAAUAAACUGACAUGCCAAAGCGUUUGUUGAGGUGCUCA